AUGUUUAUCGUCAAAGCGCACUUGGACUUUUUGUUUUCGGUGGAGGCUAUGAAAAAGGAAAACUACGAAACGCUGAACAAACUCAUCGGAGAUUUUGAAAAGAAUCUUUUAAUGUUGGACAAGAUGGUAGAAAACACAAGCAAUUGGAGCACCAUUCUAGUUCAUAUGAUCUGUUCACGCCUAGAUGCUUCUACACUACGCCACUGGGAAACGUAUCACAAUUCCAAGGAUGUGCCCAGUUAUGAAAAAUUGAUACAAUUUCUGCGAAAUCACUGUUCCGUUCUUCAAUCCAUUACUCCAGUACAAACAUCUCCGGUUAUAGAAGAGAGAACAAGAGUAGGCGUUAGUCAUUCCGUUGUUCAAUCCUAUGGCAACUGUCAAUUCUGCGGUGAAGCCUUCCAUUCCGCCUUUCGCUGCACCAAGUUCUUAAGGAUGGAAGUCGCGAAGCGCAACGAAGCAGUUCGGAGAUUAAAACUGUGCCUAAACUGUCUAUCAUUAGGACAUCAAGCUCGUGUCUGCAAUAGAGGUUCGUGCCACCAUUGCCAAAGAAAACAUCAUUCGUUGCUGCACCCGGAAUCGUUACAGUCGUCUGUCCUGCAAUCACAAUCCUCCGUUCCACAAGCGCUGAACACACACGUUGUAGCCAACCAGCAGCAACCACAGACACAACCUCCAACCCAAAGCCAACCAACCCACAGAAAUACAGCUCAAACAUCCAUAAACUCUCUCCCUGUUACACAAUCGCAAAACAUGCACACUCAACCACUGCACACCACAAAAAAUCUUGCUGUACAAGAAAUUGGUGGUGCCACCGCCAUUUCGCGAAAAUUGGUCCACGCUACCAUCCAUCCGCGAUUAUCGAAAAUAUCAUCGUUCAUUGGAGCCAUGAGCUUUUACGUUCUUUCGGAGCUUACGACAACCCUGCCGACUCAAAAAAUCAACGUAUUUCGGUGGACUCUCCCAGCGGAUCUAAUUCUUGCAGACCCCCAGUUUUUUGAACCAGGACAGAUCGACAUGAUCAUCGGAGCCAAGCAUUUCUUCGAGUUGCUUUCGGAAGGUCGGUCGAACAUUUCAAUCGAUGGACCCAUACUUCAAAAUACAGUGUUCGGUUGGAUUAUUGUGGGACGAGUUUCACAUCAGUCGAGAAAUUUGCAACCAGUAGUGUCAUUAUCGUGUACAACGAUUGAUAUUCAUAAGUUGCUGACAAGAUUCUGGGAACUAGAGACGUGUCGAACAAACAGCACACAGUCAGUUGAGGAGACAGCGUGUGAGAGACUGUUCGAUCAGACUACUGCUCGCGACAACAGCGGAAAAUUCGUCGUGUCCUUGCCGAAGCGAGAAUUCAUCGUUCAGCAGAUUGGUGAUUCGAAAACGAUUGCCAUGCGUCGAUUCGCUGGAUUAGAGAAGCGGUUCCAGUCGAAUCCUGACUUGAUGUUAAGUUACGCUGAAUUUAUCCGCGAGUAUCAACGACUAGGUCACAUGAAGGAGGUUACGAGCGAAACCGACAAAUAUCCCGUGUUCUAUCUCCCCCAUCAUGCAGUAUUGAAGCCUGACAGCACAACGACUAAACUCCGAGUAGUGUUUGAUGGCUCUUGCAAGUCUUCAUCUGGAGUUUCGUUAAACGAUGCUUUAAUGGUCGGUCCUGUAGUUCAGGAAGAUCUGCUUUCAAUUAUUAUUCGCUUUCGGCUUCAUCCAAUCGCUGUCGUUGCCGAUGUCGAAAAAAUGUACCGAAUGGUGAUGGUACAACCGGCUGAUCAACAUCUUCAACGUAUUCUAUGGAGGGAUUCAGUCAGCGAACCAGUCCGUGUGUUUCAGUUGACGACCGUCACAUAUGGUACAGCAUCCGCUCCUUAUUUGGCAACCAAGUGCUUGUAG